CGCGGUGGGGGCGCGGCGCCGUCGCGGUGGUGACGCGCGGGCCGGGCCGGCCUGGACGGGGGGCGGCGGCGGUGGCCUGGCCCGGGAUGGCGAUGUUCCGCAGCCUGGUGGCUUCGGCGCAUCAGCGGCAGCCGCCAGCCGGGCCCGCGGGCGGCGACAGCGGCCUGGAGGCGCAGUACAGUUGCCCCAUCUGUCUGGAGGUGUACCACCGGCCGGUGGCCAUCGGCAGCUGCGGCCACACGUUCUGCGGGGAGUGCCUCCAGCCAUGCCUGCAGGUGCCAUCUCCCCUGUGCCCACUCUGCCGCCUGCCUUUUGACCCCAAGAAAGUGGACAAGGCCACCCAUGUGGAGAAGCAGCUGUCAUCCUACAAGGCGCCCUGCCGGGGCUGCAACAAGAAGGUGACCCUGGCAAAGAUGAGAGUGCACGUGUCCUCCUGUCUGAAGGUCCAGGAGCAGAUGGCCAACUGCCCCAAGUUUGUCCCUGUGGUGCCCACGUCCCAGCCCAUCCCGAGCAACAUCCCCAACAGGUCCACCUUUGCCUGUCCAUAUUGCGGCGCCCGCAACCUGGACCAGCAGGAGCUGGUGAAGCACUGUGUGGAGAGCCACCGCAGUGACCCCAACCGCGUGGUGUGCCCCAUCUGCUCGGCCAUGCCCUGGGGCGACCCCAGCUACAAGAGCGCCAACUUUCUGCAGCACCUGUUGCACCGGCACAAGUUCUCCUAUGACACCUUUGUGGACUACAGCAUUGAUGAAGAAGCUGCCUUCCAGGCUGCCCUGGCCCUGUCCCUCUCGGAGAACUGAAGGCACAGUGGCCACACCCAAUCUGGGCCGGCGAAGCUGCUCUGGUGCCAGGCAUCAAGAGCCUGUGGGGCCAGGAUGCCACCCGGCUGUCCCUCGGGUGUCCCUCAGCUGUUGGCAGGCCGCCCGGGUCACAGCUCACAGCCCUGGGCCAUCGGUGCUUUGCGGGGCAGGUGCCAGCCAGUGGGACCCAGAGCAGUUGGCUGUCUCUUCUAAGCCAUGAUGUUGUCCUUGCGUGAGGGGCAGGGUGCCCAGCUGCAGGAGAGAGCUGCAGGAGCAGCCGGCAGCACCAACAGCCCAACCCGGCACCCGGCUAUGCUUCCACCGUGCACAUUUGGUACUGGCUUUUGUGAUACUUAGAAACCCUGGCGUUUUUCUAUCUUAUCCCAUGUGAUAACCUUUUCACAUUUUAUAGAGCAAAGACAAAGCAGUUACACUUCAUAUUGCAAUAUCUGUGUUUGACUAGGAAGAAUAGUAUUUUUAUGGAACAUUUACAAAAUUAUAUUUUUAAAAAAAAAUAAUCAAAAAUAAACCUUGCGUGGGACCAGAGGACAGGAGUGGCUGGGCACAGCUGGAGCCAGACAAGCUGGGGUUGCGCCUGGGCCUGGUGCCCCAGUCACCAUCACAGCUCUCAAGGGCAUCUGGUUUGUGGUUUCUCUUUGGCAACAACCAAGAAGGGGCCCCAGCAUCCAGCCAAGGGUGGCGGCGGCCACCUCCCUCCCGGUCCUCGGCAUGGUGGCUGCCAUCCCAGCCAGAGCAGAGCUCUUGGGGGUCCAGGCAGGGGCCUACUGGGUAGUGGUCAGGCCAGGAAACACCCAUCAGUGCCCCUGUUCUGUUCCUGGCAUAAAUUAUUGCUGUCUUUUCAAAGAAUUUUCAAUAAAAUGAUCCCAAGCACCUGCA